UUAUUUAAUUAAGUAGUUUCGCCGCCGCUUCAAGUUGCCGCGUUCGUCGGAUCAAUAGGUACAUAAUUAUGUAUCGCGGUGUUUUAAACAUUCCCAAAACUUUUAGAUAGUUGACAUUCCGAUCGUCUAAACAACGGUGAUAGUGGAAAUUUUACCGAAAUUAAUACUUUUUCGAAGCGGAUCUAAGCUAUGGAUUACUUAAGCGGGUGGUGCAAGAGUGCCCGGAGGCUCGAUGGGAUGACGGCUAUCGUGACGGGCAGUAACACGGGCAUCGGCAAAGAAACGGCUCUAGAUUUAUAUUUGAGAGGCUGUCGCGUUAUUAUGGCAUGUCGCGAUACAAACAAAGCUAACGUGGCCAAAACCGAAAUUGAAUCAUUACAUAAUUGUAAUGAAGGAAAAGGAAGUCUGAUUGUUCGAAAACUGGACGUCUCCAGCCUGAGCUCCGUGCGCGAGUUCGUAUCACUGAUGUUAGCCGAGGAGACAAAGAUUGAGAUCCUAGUGAAUAAUGCUGGAGUUAUGAUGGCACCACGGGGUAUCACCGAUGACGGCUUCGAAACGCACAUGGCGACGAACCACUUUGGCCAUGCUCUCCUGACGCUUCUCUUGCUACCAAUGCUUGCUAAUUGUAGCCACGCCAGGGUGGUCAACGUUUCAUCAAUGGUACAUCACCGUGCAGAGCUCGAUUUCGGUGAUAUUAAUUUUGAGACUACAAAAUAUGAUCCUCUAAUGGCGUAUUGUCGCAGUAAGGUCGCAAAUAUAUUGUUUGCACGGGCCCUUUCUCAAAAACUGCGGGAUCACAACAUAGGCAAUGUGAGCACAUACAGCCUGCACCCCGGCGUCAUCAGCACAGAGAUUAGUCGGCACUUCAGCGACACGUUCUUCCGUGGCACCACGUGGCUCUUCAACAACGUGUUGUCCUGGUUCUGCAAGUCGCCGCGCUGCGGCGCGCAGACCACCGUCUACUGCGCCGUCGAUGAACAGUGCGCUAAUCAAUCUGGACUUUAUUACAGCGACUGUGCGGUAACCGCCUCCUCAAAAUAUAGCCAAAACUACGCUAACGCUGAACAACUCUGGAAGGUGACCUUAGCAGCUCUCAAGUUACGAGAAGAUACCUUGUUCGGCGAUGUCGCUCCACAAUUUUUAUUGAAAACGAGCUCGUAAUUAAUGGUAGGUAAUGCUGGUAAAAGGAUCCUGUUAAAAUAAGAAUAAAAUUAAUAACGUAGAAAAAAAACAUAAGUACCUAUUGCGAACGAUGUACAUACUUCGUACGUAAUUCAGCUAGGUAGGUAUUACCAUCAGUAGUAUCACUACCCAGUAGAGAAAUAAGCAAGCAUAGUGUUCACUCCAUACAUGACUUUUCUUACUUAAUAGUAUUAUGUUUGUAGGGGAGGUAUAUGGUAAUAAAACUUAUUGCCAAUAAGUUUAAAACUUGCUUAAAACCUAUAUAUGGGGGUUUUCGGGGGCGAUAAAUCGAUAUAGCUAGGUCUUAUUUCUGGGGAAACGCGCAUUUUUGAGUUUUUAUAUGUUUUCCGAGCAAAUAAGCUCGGUCGCCCAGAUAUUACUUAUUAUUCUUAUUAAGCUUAAAUCAAAUAAGUUUCCGCAAAGCUCGGUUUAAACUUCUUAUUAAUUAAUCGUUUUUAGGGUUCCGUACCCAAAGGGUAAAAACGGGACCCAAUUACCAAGACUCCGCUGUCCGUCUGUCUGUCACCGGGCUGUAUCUCAAGAACCGUGAUAGCUAGACUGUUGAAAUUUUCACAGAUGAUGUAUUUCUGUUGCCGCUAUAACAACAAAUACUAAAAACAGAAUAUAAUAAAUAUGUAAGGGGGGCUCCCAUACAACAAACGUGACUUUUUUUGCGUAAUGGUACGGAACCCUUCGUGUGCGAGUUUGACUCGCACUCGGCCGGUUUUUUUUAUCUCUGUAUGGAGUGUGCACUCUAUGCUUAGGUACUUAUUUCUCUAAUGCUAUCUAAUAUUACCUAUAAAUAAGUAAAAUUGUAAUAACUUUGUAUAUCGGGUGGAACAGAACGAAGGACUUUUACGUAAACUGGGAAUUGUUCAGACUACGUACUUUAUUUUUCACUUAUUAAUCACGUUAAUAUUUCUAACCGUUUUUGAGAUACAGUUUGUUAAACAUUAGUGCGAAAAUCUGUAUGUUUUAACCCUAGCAAGUAGAUCGUAUGAAUGACAUAACAUGUGUCAAUUGAAAAUGUAAAUAACUUUGUAGGGUUGUCAGUGAUAUAAAAAUAUUUCAUUUUAAUGAUUUUGUUUUACUAUUAAAUCCAGCUUUACGAUUAUAAUAACUCGAUUGUAGAUCACUUAGAUAACACUAUCCUUUCAGCUCAGUCUCUAGAAAUGUUC